UCAGAGGAUAAAGUCCCCAGAGCUCGGUAAUGUUUAACAGAACAGUUCUGGGUGACAUCACAGAACAGUACACAUGGUAUGAGGAAGACGUAGCAUGGUUGAAAUGCUUCCACUUUGUAUCUUGUAUCAGGAACCCCAGGCUGAGGCCACGCUGCCAUUGAACAAUCGACUGGCUGCACUGACAUGUUAAACAUGGACGUUCUGCCUCUGUUAGUGCUUUGUUUUUCAUGGCAGGCUGAAGCCGUCAGAUCGCAGAUGAAGCUGACUCCUGCAAGCCUGACCAUUGUCCGAGGAGAUGAGGCCAGAUUCAUGUGCAGCACGUCCAACACUCCUUGGACUGUUAUGACCUGGCUACUGGGGAACCGAGCAGUACUAAGUAUCUCCAAGCAGAAUGGUGUCCUGCCUUCUGUCAACCCAAACGUGACAGCCGUGAAAUGCUCCAACUCGAAGACAGACUGCUGGGAGUUUGUCCUGAGAAACACAGAGAGGAGCAUCCAAGGACAAGUUGUUUGUGAUCUGCAGCUCAUUGACAAAAGGACGGCAGAGCUAUUUGUUCAAGAAAAGGGCAACGUGAGGGUUUUCGGAGAGAACCGGUUGGCGUUUAAAGGGGAGUCGGUCCUGUUUGAGUGUCAAGCAGCCGGAUGGUACCCUGAACCCACCCUGCAGUGGCAGGUGCAUGACAAAAAGGUGAGCCCGGAGGAUUACAACAUCAGCGCGGAGGAGAAGGAAAACCUCUUCACGGUCUCCAGCAACCUCAGCGUCCCGGCAGAGAGGAGCUCAGCGGUGGGCUGCCUGGUCUCAGUGUCUGCCCUCAAAGCACCUCUGAAGAGCAGCGUCAGACUAACCGUGGUCGCAGAGGUGUUGGAGGAAGAGGACGACUGCACAGUCCUGGUGGCAGUAAGCGCUUCUCUAGGCGCUCUUCUGCUGCUUGUGCUGCUCUCAAUCAGCACUGUCCUCUGCUACAGACGGAGGAGAAAAGCAAGAAAAACACAGGAGGUAAUAAGGUCCGACCAAUCGGUGUUUGGGGAAAGCUCGGUUGCUGAGGUGACAGGCGGUAACGUCAACCAGGGGUUUUCCAGUGAGGACGCAACAGAUGUGGACAGCAGUGAGUUUAUCACUGGGACCCGUAAUCAGACGAGCUUUAACACCUUCUACAAGGUUCCUGAUGUUGUACACUCCAGCAGCCUCUCUUUGCAAACUGACGACCAAACCACCGAGUUUCAAGAAGACGACAUGUAUAGUACUACCAGAAGAAUUACCACAGUUUAAAUACUUUUAUUUUGUAUUAUUUACUGGCAAUGUUUUAUAUUUUUGUACUUUGAUGUUCUUCGGUAAAUAAUUAUUUUUGCUUGCCCUGAUAUUGUCUGCUUAUUUUAAUAAAUAAGCGUAUGUUCAUGUCAGUGUUGACUUAGCAGAGAUGUUUUCAUAGAAGUUGCUCUAAAGGAAAAUAAAUAUUUGAAAGUCCUGCA